CACUGUUACUCAUGCUCUAAGGAUUUCCUCUGCCAACAGACCAGCAGCCAGUGGACACUGGCUCUGAUGGGGAGUGAAGAUGCGCAACACAUAUAUGUACCCACAAAAGAUGAUGCCUCGUCCCACUGAGGAGAGCGACCCCAACCAGCCCGUGUGGCAGCAUGUGGUCUCUUUCUGCUGUAAGGGCAUGAUCGAAGGCGUCGUGCUACUGCUCCUCCUCUGGCUUCUCAUUCAGAUUCUCUUCGUUAAAGAUUUGGAAGUUCACCUGCAGAUCCUGCUGGCUGUGGGCCUGGCUGUGUUCUGCUACUGUCUGGUUCUUGGGUGCGUCCUUUGCUGUCGCAGAAGGAAGAGUGUCUCAUCAGAGGACAAGGAGGCAGUUUUCUUGUCUCCUCAUCCUGCCGAGAGGGUGACUGUGACAUUGACUCCAUCUCCGUGUACCCAACCUGUCAAGCAGCAGUAUGAGGAGCUGGACGGGGAUGUGUUGGAAUUCCCUUCCUCUAAAAGCAGCUCUUCUCCCUCUGAGGAUGACCUCACUGCUCUGCCCUUUGACCACAGCCCUACCAGAUCAGCAGAGCUGGUGCAGUCUGCUGGGUCUUCUGUUCCGAUGCGGCGCCUCAGCACCCCAGCUGUCCCCUGCACAUCCAAUAAAGCUGCACGUCACAGCAGAGCCUCUCUGCCCUCCCUCACUAAGCUGAACCUGGUGUCCAGGUCCCGUCGGGCAAUGGGUCGGCGCAGCACUGUGAGCGGUGAAAGUUUUCUUUACAGCGAGAGCAGUCGACUGACUGCUGGUGCUUCCAGCGCUCCCACCCAGCAAGGAGAACCCUAUCUGUCACAGUACGGCUCUAGCUCUCUCUCCGUCUCCUCCAAGCCAGCUCCUCUACUGCAUUUCUCCUUGCUCUUCUCCUCUGCCUGUGGCACCCUGAUGGUCAACAUCCUGGGGCUGUCGGGGACCAGUCGAAGGCGCGCUGGGGUGUUUGUCCGGGUCAGCCUUCCUCCCCUCUGCCCCUCCCCUCAGCAGAUAGCCUCCCGGCGCCGCAGCCUCAGCCCAGACCUCCACAGCCAGAGCUUUGUGCUGCAGGUGGGCUCUUUGGAAGAUCUGCGCACCUGCACUUUGAGACUUGCUGUCUACAGCAGGGACUUCUCAGGCCUAAGAGAGGCUGCGCUGGGUGUGGUGGAGCUGCCCUGUGAACAAAUGGAUUGGGAGCCUGACACCACCACCACCUACACCAGGCAGCUCGUCCCAACGAAAACCAAGCUAAAAAAGAUGUGA